GUUCAAUGUUUGUUGUAAAAACUGUGUCGAGUUCUAUCAUUCCCAAAAAGUUCACUUGGUUCCAUAUCGUCGUCUAGCUGGUCGUUCUUCAUUUGAAGAAAAGGCUCGUACGAUAUUCCCCAGUUGUAGCGAAAAGGAAGGAUUAAGAUAACGAAACGAUAGAGCAACAUUAUUGUUGUGCAAAGCUGCAAUCGUGGCCAAUCCACUCAUGAAACGCCAGAACAUCCGUACACUUUCCCUGGUUGUGUGUACGUUCACUUAUCUUCUGAUAGGUGCAGCCGUAUUCGAUGCACUAGAAUCCGAAACCGAGGCCCGACGAUGGGAGUUUUUAAAAAGUGUAAAAGCAAACUUUGUUGCCAAGUACAAUAUCACACCCGAGGAUUACCACAUGAUUGAAAUCGUGAUAACGGAAAACAAGCCACACAAAGCGGGGCCCCAGUGGAAGUUUGCCGGCGCAUUCUACUUUGCAACCGUCGUGCUGGCCAUGAUCGGCUACGGCCAUUCGACGCCGGUCACCAUCGGCGGAAAGGCCUUUUGCAUGGCGUACGCCAUGGUCGGCAUUCCGCUGGGGCUCGUUAUGUUCCAAAGCAUUGGUGAACGUUUGAACAAGUUUGCCUCGGUUGUAAUACGCCGGGCGAAAAAAUAUCUGCGCUGCCAGCAAACGGAAGCUACCGAGAUGAAUCUGAUGCUCGCAACGGGAUUGCUUUCGUCGGUUAUUAUUACGACCGGAGCGGCUGUGUUUUCACGUUACGAGGGAUGGAGCUAUUUCGACAGCUUUUACUACUGUUUUGUAACGUUAACGACCAUCGGCUUCGGUGACUAUGUGGCCCUGCAGAACGACCAGGCACUGAUCAACAAGCCGGGUUAUGUAGCGCUCAGCUUGGUAUUUAUCCUGUUUGGGCUGGCCGUGGUGGCUGCCAGCAUCAAUCUCCUGGUGCUGCGAUUUAUGACAAUGAACGCCGAAGACAUCCGUCGAGAAGAGGCGGAAAUGCAAUCGUCGGUCGAUGGUUUAACUACCUACGAAUGCGAAUCUACCGGAAAGCUGCUUUCUUGUGCCAACUUGAACUACUGCUCGGAGGUAGAGGAAGAGGAUACAUCCGUCUGCUCGUGCACUUGUCUCGGUGGGAACAGUUUUACAACGCACGAGCACGAAUUCCUGCUGGAUCAAGGAUAUCAUCCGGCCGAUAUAAUUACCAGUACCAUCAGUCUAAAGCGCAUGUCGAUUUAAUAGACGCGCCGUUCGUGAUUCCAAUUAGUUAGAAGUCUUAAAAUAGUGUCGUUUACAGCACCAAUAGUUCAUCUUUUUCGCUUUUCAAUCUUUUCCUUCAUAAGAAAUUUACUGCCGUUGGUAAAAUUGAUAGAAGAAAAAAUUUCCAUAAUCAUCUGUGCCAAACAAGCAUACAAGAUUCUUUUAAUUUAC